UCAGGAUCGAGUCUGUCGAUAUAUCGAUCAGGAUCGAGUCUGUCGAUGGCAUCGUUGCCGGGAUAUUUCAUUUUCCAAUUGAUGACACGAUUCUGUCGUCGACGUAGCUAGGCUGACGUCUGAGUUUGGCGAAAAUGUCUCUAAUAUGACAGAAUCAUUUUGUGAGUGAACGCCAAGUGCUUUUGUGCGCAGGUCUCGAACCGUCGUGCUCCUGGUUACGACUCUGGCUGCAGUAGCGAGCUGUAGCAAGCCAUGCCUCACUAACCAGUGCAAGAAAGAAGGUAAGUUUUGGUCUUGACGAUCUCCGGGUCGCAUUGUUUGAUGUCGUCUUCCAGGCGAUGGGCCUCGAUUGUGAUCUCAGUCCUCGUCUGUGUCAGAAACGGGCUCUUGGUGUUACAAUUUCAGCUCGUGAAAUGCGAACUACGCCCGUGUUCACGUCUCAUGACGAAAUUUGUGUGCUUGCAGCUCGGUACUUGCGGAAUUGUCUGAAACCGAACGAGGACCCAUGCACAGAUUUCUACGAAUUUUCUUGUGGAAAAUUCAGAACUUCCAGCUUUACGGUUAACGACUCCUUGAGCUGGGGACCGUUCGAAAUAGCGAAUAACGCCACUGAUCAUGCAGUCAGAGCAAUUCUGUCAUCGCCGAAGAAACGCACCGACUCCGGGGCCCUGACGAAAGCCAAGACCAUGUACGCUGCUUGUAUGGACGAUGAGACCCGACAGCAACGCGGGCUUCGUCCUCUGCUUCGGAUGAUCAAGAACCUCGGUGGCUGGCCCCUCAUAUCAGACAGCUGGAACGGCAGUGUUACGUGGGGUCACGUGGCUCGCCUGAUGGCGCAAUAUGGGGUUCCCAUCUUUUUCGAAGUCACUGUCAAACCCCAUCCCUCAAACACGUCACUGAACGUCAUCCACCUGAACGCACCCAGUAUGAUAAUGCCCGUCGCUCUCCGUCGGUCGCCUAGGCAACGAGAAGGCGCUGUAGACAUCUUGGCGUUUCCUAACAAUAAAGACGACAUUGUGCGCUAUCUGACGGACGUGGCAUUGGAACUACGUGAUCACGUGGGUGCGACGCAUGCGCACAAGCGGCGCAUCAAGAGAGAGCUACUCGAUGUCGUGGACUUGGCAGGGAAAAUGCAGGUGAUAUCAACGAUUUUAGGGUUACAGGCCCCGUCAGGCAGCGGCAUUGUUCCGACCAGCUCUCUGGACAGCCACAACGGCCAGAUGGACUGGCUGGACUUCCUCCAGACCGUGUUCAGGAAUUCGGGUGUCAAUCUGACGUCAGAGCACCUGGUGUACGUAGGCGGCAUCUACGUCAAGUACAUCCUUCAGCUGUUCGGAAACUCGAGCAGUAGGCUGCUAGCCAACUACAUUGUUAGCCACUUGGUGAUGCAUUUGGCUCCGGAGACAACAGAGCGCAUGCGUGGCUUCUUGAUUCGAUUGUAUCGAAAGUUGCAGUUGAUUACAGACAACUAUCCCAGUUGGCACUCCUGUAUCAACAAAGUUCUCGAUUACCCCAACACUGGCCUUGGAGCGGCGAUGAUUCUAGAUUACGUGAAAGACAACUUCCGCCCUGAAAACACGCGCCGGGUGAUGCAGCUAUUGGAAGACCUGCAGGUGGCGAGCGAGGAGCUCCUGGACCAAACUGACUGGAUCGACGAAGAGACGAGGCGCCUGGUCACGGACAAAAUGGACGCCAUGACCGUUCUGGCGGGAUUCCCUCGCUGGUACUCCAACGCCUCCGCCCUGGACCGGUUCUACGACAAGCUCGUCAUCCACCAUGACGACCAUUUCGGCAACGUCGCGAGGAUGCGUUCAUUCUUGUAUGCAUCGAACUUGGCAACGCUGGAUAAGAAGGAAGACCCUCAGUUUAAGUGGAAUUAUUCACCGUUUCUCGUGAAUGCGCUCUAUGAGUUGCGUGCUAAUAGCAUCACGCUGCCUGCCGGCAUGAUGCAGCAUCCGUUCUACACGGGACAGGACAACAGACCGCGUCUCUCGGGCAAGAAGAAACGCGUAAAGAAGGCGCGAGGCAGAGGAAGCCGGAAGUCGUCGCGAGCAUUUGCGAAGGAAAGCGUCCUCUUGGCGCUGGACUACGGUCGUCUUGGUUCCGUCGUCGGCCACGAGAUCACGCACGGAUUCGACGAUGAUGGUCGCCUUUAUGACGGCAACGGAGAAACGAAGAAUCAGUGGAGCUACCGUAUGCAGUGGUUCUUCUUCAAGAGAGCCCAUUGCUUCAGGAGACAGUACGGGUUGAAGAGCCACUUCCUCCUCGACACGCUGGGGGAAGACAUCGCCGACAACGGCGGAGUGCGGAAGGCGUUCAGAGCCUUCAAGAGGGCCUGGUCGCGUGCGGGCGGCGUCAAUGCAACGUUACCACGUCUGCCGAGCUUCACCCCUGACCAGAUGUUUUUCAUCGGAUAUGCAACACUGUGGUGCCACUCAGGCGAAGAGUUCUCACUCGAUGACCACAGUUCGCAUCGGGACCGCGUCAACAAGCCCCUGUCUAACAUGAAAGAGUUCGCCGACGCGUGGAACUGCGCCCCAGACUCCCCGAUGAAUCCACGUGACAAAUGCGUUCUGUGGUAG